UGAAGGCACUGAUGAAUGGCAGUGUUUGAAAUUUGGCAGACACCAGAUGCUACACCACAACAAAUCAAAAAAGCUUGCCAUCCUGACUUGACUGGUGAUGAUCCAGAGACUAUGAACUUUUGCAAGUUCAUUAAUGAAGUAUAUGGGGUUCUAAGUGAUCCAGUGCAACGCAUGGUGUAUGAUGAAAUUCAGGGAUAUUCUUUGACAGCGAUAAAUCCAUUCAUGGAUGAUUCGGCCCCAAGAGAUGAUUAAAUCAUGGAUUAUUUUUUUAUUAUAUGAUUCACUUUAUAUUAUUCUAUCAGUUGAUUUUGAUUUUUUAUUGUAUGAUUCACUUUACAUUAUUUCUGUUUUGUUUAAUUUUCUGUUAAUUUCACCAGAUCUAGAUUUUUUAGUUAUUUCA